AUGGGCGAGGCCAGCACUAGCAAAGUUCGCUACACUUCUACUCAGCGUGGGGCGAAGAAAGCAAUAUAUGACGGGUUUAUGUAUGUCUUCCACCGUGAGAAGAAGGACGGGGCGGGGUGGCGCUGUGAUCUGCGAGGCAACUGUAAUGGCCGCAUCACCGUGCUGAGGGACGACACCGUCCUUGACCAGCAACCACAUACGCAUGAACCUGACUGGGGUCGCUGCAAAGCACAAGAGACGCGGGCAGCAUUCCCAGAUGCAGAUGUAGCUGGGUGCCUGUUCCACUUCGGGCAGGCCCAGUGGCGCCAACUUCAGGGUGCGGGCCUCGCCGUCGCCUACCAUCUCGAGGCCAACGAGGAGAUGAGGGCGAACUUCCACACCCUCAUCGCCUUGGCCUUCGUCCCGGUGGACGACGUCGAGGACGCAUUCGACGCCCUCUCAGAAGCCAGCGUGCUGAAUCUGCAGCCCAUCUUCGAUCACGUCGAAGAAAACUAAAUCAGAGGCCGGCUCCGAGCACGUCGUGGAGGACGUGUCCGUCGGGGGACGGCUCCCCUCUUCCCCCCUCACAUAUGGAACUGCUACGAGCGGACUCUGGAGGGGCUCCCCAGAACGACCAACACCUGUGAGGCCU